AAGUGCAGCGGGAGCGACCUCACGGUCAUUGCCAGGCCGAUCGUCACGCUGUGUUGUUCUUCAUUCUAGGCUGGUCGAUCGAACGCAAUUGUACCCUAAAAAUAAUAAAAAACGCAUUUUUAAUUUUUUAGUACAAAUUAAUAAAAUAAAGUAUAACGGUAAAACACUUGUUCGGUAGAAAACUCAAAAAAUAUAUUUUUUUAAUUUUCUAGGGAUAUUUUGAAACUGCCGUUAGUCGAGGAGGUUGUAAAGCAGGCAGCUGGCAUGAGUGCUCCUGCAGGCAGGGCAGCGAUCCUGUGUCUGCUGGUCGUCGCGUGGGUAGCCACAGCCUCGGCGCAAGUCAAGCUCAUCGAUGUCGUCUGCGCGUCUGGAGUCGUGAACUUCACGGCCACAGACCUGGCGACGGCGUGCGGAGGCUCCCUAAAGGCUCAGCUGCAGGGCACGACCAACGUCACCACAGGGUCCUACACCCUCAAGGUCUUCAAGCCCCUAACGCCCUUCGUGCUGCCCUCGGAGACUAGCGCCAGUGCCCUCGCCACCGUCACUCUUGCAGCGACCGAUUUGCCGAGCGCUGGACAAGUUAAAGAAUUUCCGUUGACGGGAGCCUUGCCCGCCUCUACGUUGUGCGGCACUGCAUACCUCGUGGUGGUCCUCAGCAACGGCUCCAGCCUCGACCAGGAGGUCGUUUCGGGAUUAAUACCAUGCAAGGAUGAAGCUGUGGACCUGCAGUGGCAGUUUCCCAGCAAUGGCCCACUCAGCAUCGUCAUCCGACCAGGCCAAACUAUCGACACUAAGGUCGUGUUGAAGCUGGUCAACUCCGGUGCAUCAGACCUGAAGCCGCGAAUGCCUCUAGACGCGCCUGAGGUGAAAGUGAUUGUCGCUGGUGAAGGCACCAUCCCGUACUACUACGGCGACAGUUCGAACAUGUGA